AUGAUGCGGACAGACAGCAAAGGCCGGAGCGCCUCCCCUCACAGGAUAACCUAUAAGUCUGACUUCCAUGCCAUCAAAUGUUCAUUUAACACUGCGACCAGUCUACAAACAGGAACCAAAACUGCUUCUGCCCAGCACUCUGCUGUGCACCCAAACAGGCUGCCAUCCAGCCUGUCGGAUCCCACAAUGUCCCACACCAGCACCAUUGCCGGCACAGGCAACAGAGGGAGAGUCCACAGCAACAGGGGGACCAAGAUCAGAGACAACAUCUUCCUACAAAUGGACAACCAGCAGCUGAAAAAAGAUGUUGGUCCAGUGCAGAGUUUUGGCUCCACAUCUCUCCUUUCUCCCCAUAAUCCCACUCUACAGCUCCAAACUUCACCUUUCUCUGCAUCCAGACGCUCAGUCAUUAGCUCCUCGUCUGUUCUGAGCACUGCAGUCAACAUUUCAAUUCCAGAAUCUUCUCUGCAAGAUAAAUCAUCCAGAUCAGAGGAGAUAGUGGAUAUUGACAGAGCUGCUCUGGCUCAGAAGUUUUCUGUAACACGGAGGUUGUUUGAGACCAAGGUGAUGGAGGUUGGAGGUGGUGGAGGGCAGGUUUCAAAAAGUAUUGCUGGCAGGGAAAGCAAGGGGACUGCAGGUGGAGAAGAGGAAGAGAUUGAAAAAGAGGAAGAUGAGACUGGGAAAAGGAAUCAAACAGAAGAGGAUGGCUGUGAUAAAGACAAAUCCAUAAACCUACCCAUCAUAAAUAUUCCCUUCGCAAAGCCUACUGCACAGGCCUCGCUGACAAGUCACCAUAAAUCUCCCAUAUCGGAUGGCCCGAGUGAAUCAUCCAACAGAUCUCCCUCCUAUCUUAACAAACAUGGUCGAACCACAGGAUCACAAUUGGAAGAAAGAAGGACAGCAAGCGCAGCUCUUGACCUCUUCUUGACCCCUGAGGAGCCAGUGAGGGCAGAACUCGUUGACGUGAACAACGGGUCAUCGGAAAGUGACGAGAAUGAAGAAGAAAAGGAGCAGAAAGAGGGCAACAAUUGUACUAAAGAUGAGGGGGUAAAGUACAUGGACAAAGUUGCAGCAGAAACUGUGCAAGUUUUUGAUUUUCUUGAAAAGCCCAGCAUGGAAACAUCAGCACCCUAUGUGUUGGAAAACGGAGUGGAACUGAGAGCAAGAGAAGGUAGACCAGUUGUUCCCUUAGACGAACACCAGAAGGAGUUAUCAACCAGCAUGUCCAAGACUGACAGUGAAGGGGGAAGAGACAAGUAUCAGCAGGUGAAGGAAGAAUGGGAGGGUGAAAGGGAGGGGAAGAACAGGCCGCUCUUGGCUGAGAAGUCAAGAGAAAACGUGCACAAAGGGGAGAAAAAGACUGUUGCAGAAGUGGGAGAAAGUUCUGGAAGGGCCGAGAGAGGCAUAAUGCAAGAGGAGGACAAUGAUAAGGAAGUUAAGCCAUACAAGAAAAUAACUGAGAAAGAAGAAGGUUCAACAUCUGAGCUGCAUGAGGAGGUCAAGCAUGAGGAGGGCAGAGAAGGUGGUGACUGUAUAGAAGGAGGCAAAGGGGACCUGACAGGACCUGCAUUACUCGGUGGGAUUGAGAACAAGGCUUUUGUGGAUGAGCAGGAAUCCCACUCUCACCCAGAGCAUUUAAGACGUGAAUGGGAAAACUCUGUACAUGAUGAUCGGCCUUUAUUGCAAUAUGAGGAAAUUCCUGGUGUGCCUGAACUGGAGGAGGAGGAAGAGGAUGUUGAGGAUGCAGCAGCAGAGCAGCAGACGAGAAGGGUCAGGUUCACCUCGUCGCCAAUCAAGGUGUACAGCACUUAUUCUAAUGAAGAGUACGACAGACGCAAUGAAGACAUUGACCCGGUGUCUGCCUCAGCUGAGUUCGAGCUGGAGAAGAGAGUGGACAGGAUGGAUGUGUUUCCAGUGGACAUAGAGAAGGGAGAUGAGGGUCUGGGCAUUAGUAUCAUAGGAAUGGGUGUUGGAGCUGACCAGGGACUGGAAAAACUGGGAAUCUUUGUGAAGACGGUCACUGAAGGAGGAGCAACGCAGAAGGAUGGAAGGAUUCUUGUGAAUGACCAGAUAGUGGAGGUGGAUGGGGUGCGUUUGGUUGGCGUCUCCCAGCUGUUUGCAGCCACAGUCCUCAAGAACACGUCAGGCCUUGUCAAGUUUUUGAUUGGGCGAGAGAAGGAGGGCGUGGAGAGCGAGGUGGCACGACUGAUCAACGAAAGCCUGGAAAUGGAUCAAACACCCAGUGAGAGGGGAAGAGCAAGCGGGGAUGAGGAUAAUGACAGUAGCCUUUCAGAGAAGUCAGAGGAGGAAGAUGAUGAGGAGGAAGACGUGUCCAAUCUGGACAAUCAACAGCUCUGCCUCAAAUACCAGCAGAUUCAGUCAAAAUUACGAAGCAAAGCAGCCCGACUUCAACAUACUAGAGAAAAGUUAAAGGCAUGGGAGGAGCAGCACCAAGUUGAUUGGGAGAGCCAAAAGAUUGAGCUGGAGCAAAGAGUGGAGGAUGGCGAGGAUAAAGCUGAGAAACUGGAGAACUAUUGGCAGGAGGCCCAGACACUAUGCAGAGUUGUGAGCCAGCGACUGGCUGAUGCCCAGAGCCAAUCGGAAAGCUUGGAGAUCAAAUACAACAAAGCCAAGAGACUGGUCAGAGAAUACCAGAGCAGAGAGGAGGAAAGAGAGAAAAGAGAAGCAGAUUUGAGAGGAGAAAUGGUGGAGAGAGAGAAGCUGCACAGAGAGACGGUUGAAAGACUACAAAUCCAGAUAGCACAGCUAGAGAGAAAAGAGGCUGCACCUGAAAGAAGGAACCACUCUGAGGACACUUCAGUCGCAGACUGGUAUAUUCCACUUCCCGAUACGGGACUUCUAGACUCAAGUGCUCACAAAGCCAGAGCUCAGCUGGCCCAGAAAUCCAAGCGCCAGCCGCCCUCUCGAGACAAACUCAGAGAGAGCUUUAGAAAACGGGAAUGGGUAGUUCAGAAGCCACAGGAGAGCGAAUCACUGUCUGCUCCCACGGCUAUGCAAAGGAGCAGUAGAAGUUACCUGUCCAGUACCUCGUCUUUGCCGUCGCUCAGCCCUCAACCUCCCAACAGCGCUGUCUUCACUCCUCCUAUCUACAUCACCGACGAUGUCACUCCUUCUCCAUGCAAAUCUUCCGCAUCCAGAAAGUCCAAAAGGAAAUUUCCCGACCUCAGUGGCCUUCGCAAGUCUCUGAGCAAAAGGAGAAGUGAAAAACUCAGCAAAAGGACCAUGAACAGGGGUUCGUGUGGUGACCUGGAGGACGAGCCUGCUGGAGUUUCUCUGUCAGGUUCAAUAACCUCCAUGCCUUCCUGCUUGCCCUUUCCCUGGUUUGGAGAGCGAGGGAGAGUAAAAGAAGUGGACGUUGAGAGAGGCCGGGAGAGACUUCGGUCUGUGUCCAGCAGCAGCUUACCGUACCUGACCACCACAGGGAGAAGAGACCAGAGUGUUGGCUCUCCAGUAGAGUGCUCCAGCAUGACAUUGGACGACGACACAUUUCCCACCAAUAACAACAACAACCAGUGGCAAAGUCGACCAGUGUUGCAGUGGGACAAGCAGCAGGUGUGUCUGUGGUUAAUUGCCAUGAACAUGGAUGAGUACGCAUCUGAGUUUGCAGCCAGAGGUGUGGACGGGCCACAGUUGCUCAACAUGGACAGUGAGAAACUCAAGGCUCUGGGGGUGUUCAGUCAAAGCGAUCGGUCUGCCCUCAAGAGGAAGCUGAAGGAGAUAAAGAAAAGGGAAGAAAAAGAAGAGAAGAGGCUGGAAAAGAAGAACACCAUUUUGGAUAAGGAGGGUGAAGACAAAGAGAAAGCCAGGAUGAUGAUGGAGAAGUCUGUAAAUGAUGCCCGAGGCAGCAGCAAAACUGUAAGAACCGAGUCACUCUUAUAAAAGGAAAGAGCGGUGAUGUUGGCGCUACACCACCAGCAAGGGGGUGUGUUUGCAGCCUAACUCGCACAAAAAUGUACUUGAACCUAUUUCUAUUUAGUCAAUAGAAACCGCUAUAUGUACUGCACACAUCCUAAUGGCUAUUAUUUAGUAUACACAUUGGUUGAUUGUAAUUUUAUAGAUCAUUGGACCAGAGCAGAGGUUGACUCCACCACCAAAGUUGCAGCAAAUGUGUCUCAGUAUGUGUCUGUAGUUUUGACAAACUACCGGUUUACAGUGAUUUUUAUUUCAUCAUGAACCUUGAAUGAUUUUAAUAUUUA